AUGUCGCAACAAUUCCCCCAGCAAUAUCCUCAGCAAGGCGUGCCUGGACAGGAUGGCUUCGGUCAGCAGCCACCGCAACCACCUGCGGGUCAAAAUUAUGAAAACUACGAAACAAACAAUCCGCCGGGGGUGCAACCAGCGCCUGCUCCUGGUCCGGCUCAUGCUGGCAGGAAGAAGCGCGCCUAUGCGGGACAAGCCUACGAGUUCGGUGCCGGCGCGAAUGCUGCCCUAGGAGGACAACAACCCGCAGGCGGCGCUGCAUACUCUGGGUAUUCCGUCCAACAAGAUGCAGCAGGCUAUCCGCAAGGAGGGUAUCAACAGAACCCUGCAGCAGUGCAACAGACUGCAGCUCCUCUAUAUCCUGGCCAGGAGCCAUCAGCUGCAUUGGGAGGUUAUCAACCUCCCGCGCCGGCCUACCCUGCCCCAGGCGGUGUGGCGGGCAUGACACAACAGUUUGGCGAGAUGGACAUCUCUCAGAAGCCACCGAUCGCCGCUGCACCACAGCAGGCACAACGUGCUCCGGUUUUGAACCAGCUUUACCCGACCGAUCUCUCGAACCAGCCGUUCAACGUGGCGGAAUUGGACUUUCCACCUCCGCCAGUCAUUCUUCCCCCUAACACCAGCGUUACACCCUCACCCUUUGCGAACUGUCCUCCAAAAUUUGUCCGAUCGACGCUGAACGCCGUUCCCACCACUCAUUCCCUCCUCAAAAAGUCGAAACUCCCAUUCGCCCUUGUCAUUCAACCAUACACAUCCCUACACGACGUUGAAGAUCCUAUACCAGUAGUGCCAGAUCAGGUCAUCUCCCGUUGCAGAAGAUGUCGGUCGUACAUCAAUCCGUUCGUCACUUUCCUGGACCACGGGCAUCGAUGGAGAUGUAAUAUGUGCAACCUGACCAACGACGUGCCGCAAGCGUUUGACUGGGAUGCAGCGGCCCAGAAAAGUCUCGACAGGUGGCAGAGACCAGAUCUAAAUCAUGCGGUGGUUGAGUUCAUUGCGCCACAGGAAUACAUGGUUCGGCCUCCACAACCACUUGUUUAUCUAUUCUUGCUCGACGUCAGUUAUGCGGCAGUGUCGAGUGGACUCCUGGCAACAACGGCCAGGUGUAUUCGAGAGAGCUUGGAUCGGAUACCGAAUGCGGAUCGACGCACGCGCCUGGGCUUCAUCGCGGUCGACUCCAGUUUGCACUUCUUCAAUAUCCCUCGGGAUGGAACUGAGAAUGCCCAAACAAGCAUGCUAGUGGUUAGCGACCUUGAAGAGGCAUUCUUGCCCACUCCUGCUGAUUUACUGGUGACUCUGACCGAAUGCCGGGAAAAUAUCGAAAAUUUCCUGGAUAAGCUUCAAGAAAUGUUCCAGAAUACCCAGAAUGGCGCAUCCGCCAUGGGAUCUGCCCUUCGUGCUGGGCACAAGCUUAUCGGACCAGUUGGUGGGAAAAUGACUGUCGUUACUGCUUCACUUCCCAACAUUGGCCACGGUAAACUCGAAAUGCGCGAGGAUAAGAAACUACUCGGCACGUCAAAGGAAAGCAGCCUGCUCCAGACGGGUAACAGCUUCUACAAGAGCUUUGCCGUCGAAUGUUCGAAACAACAAAUCUCAGUGGAUAUGUUCCUAUUCUCCUCACAGUACCAGGACGUGGCGUCUCUGAGCAAUUUACCAAGAUACACCGGGGGGCAGACCUACUUCUAUCCUGGCUGGAAUGCUGCCAGAGAAGAAGAUGCCAUGAAGUUCGCCAAAGAGUUCUCCGACUACCUGUCCGCAGAGAUCGGUCUGGAGGCUGUUCUACGUGUUCGUGCGACGACAGGGUUGCGGAUGAGCACCUUCUAUGGCAAUUUCUUCAACCGCAGCUCGGAUCUGUGUGCAUUCCCAGCAUUCCCACGAGAUCAAAGUUACGUUGUGGAAGUUGCAAUCGACGAGACCAUCACGAAGCCAGUUGUGUGUUUGCAGUCCGCUGUCCUUCACACCACGUGUAAUGGUGAACGACGAAUUCGAGUCUUGACGCUCGCACUACCCACAACCCAGCAACUGGCGGAUGUGUACGCAUCGGCUGAUCAGCAAGCUAUCACAGAGUAUUUCAGCCACAAGGCCGUCGAACGUGUCCUCAACAGCGGGCUUGACAGCGCUCGGGACAUGAUUCAGAACAAACUGGUCGAGCUUCUGGCCACGUACAAGAAGGAGCUUGCAGGAGGCAGUAUGGGUGGAGGUGGCCUUCAAUUCCCUGCUAACCUUCGAGGCUUGCCUGUGCUUUUCCUUGCCUUGAUCAAAAACUUAGGCCUCAGGAGAUCGUCACAAAUUCCCAGCGACAUGCGGUCAGCAGCUCUAUGUUUGCUCUCGACGCUACCUCUCCCGUUGCUGAUUCAGUACAUCUAUCCCAAGAUGUUUUCUCUGCAUGAUAUGCCAGAUGAUGCAGGGACGGUGGAUGAGAAGACCGGCGAAAUCAUCCUUCCACCACCGAUCAAUCUCGUGUCAGAAAGGCUCGUGCCGUAUGGAUUGUAUCUGAUCGAUGACGGACAGACCCAAUUCCUUUGGGUUGGACGGGAUGCUGUUCAACAGCUCAUGAUUGACGUCUUUGGACUGGCAGACAAGAGUCAACUCAAAGUGGGCAAGCAACGACUACCCGAGCUGGACAACGAUUUUAGUGAGCGAGUGAGGGCAGUCGUCUCCAAGAGCCGUGACCACCUAUCCAAGGGGGUGGGCAGCAUUGUGGUGCCUCAUCUCUACGUGGUGAAAGAGGAUGGCGAACCAGGUUUGAGGCUUUGGGCGCAAACCAUGCUUGUCGAGGAUCGAGCAGAUCAAGGAGUGAGCUUACAGCAGUGGAUGGGGAUGAUGCGCGAAAAGGUACAGUCAUGA